AUGAAUCAGUGGCAACGCUGGACAAACGAAGUCAUUCCUUCCUUGAUCGCUCCAUACCUUACAUACUUGCGCAAAUCGACUUCUCUUCGCGAUCGAAUUGAACUGCAGCCAGAUGGAGUUGCUACCUUUCAGGUUCUCGAUAUCACUUGCAUACUCUUCAAUUAUAUCGAGAUAUUACGAAUUGAGUGCUGCACUUGCGCGCCUGCUCCCCUUCAGCUCCUGUCUUGCGGUUACUUUGCCUGCUCUCCCAUCGCUCCUUCCCUCGCUGUCGACCUUCAGUUGCUGGAACUUGUCAAAACCUUGUUCGUACAUACCACUCCCAACACAACUGCUUGGUGCGAAACACUCGAAGUCUUUCUGGCUGGCCGCGGGUAUCACCUUACCACCAAGGAUAGUCUUUGUCGUCGGUUUGGUAACGCCUAUCAUUGGUACUCUGUACUCUUCAUGAGUGCUGAUGAUCACCUGUCCAAUGUCAUUGGAACUCAUCGCCCACUUCCACCACCAUCAACUGAGGGACUAACAUGUCCAAGUGACUAUCUAAGGUCUCGUUGUCCGAUUUGUUUUGGCUUGGAUGAUUGGCGAAAAAGUAGAACUCUUAAUCUCAAACCUGACGUCCAUACUUGUAUUGACGCAUGCUUCACUCAAAAACGUUCAUCGGACCAAUGCGGUGGAGGGCCGGAUCCCCCAAACCCAGUCAGAUUGGUUUUCCUUUCGGACGAUGAGGUGACAUCGAUGGAGAGAAAGCGACCUGCAGCCACAGAAGAGGAGGGGGAUGACUACGAGGAUGGCAUGCGAGUCCCGACGUCUGUGCUAGAUGGCUGUGGUGAUUCUUUUCUUGCCGCUGAUGAGAAACGUGAAAAGGCUAGUACCCAAUUUUUUGCAGAUACAGGCGUGAUGGCCAUGUUAUGUCGGCACGAUCGUGUAUUAUGGCUUGCCAACAUGACGUCGGCGGGAGAAAAGCAACACUAUGCUCUCGCCCUCAUCAAGAAACUUUUCGAUAAUCUCCCUACCGAUAUGACCGUUGGCCUGUUGUAUGACAUUGGUUGUCAGCUUCAUCGAAGUUGUCUCAAGUACCGACUCCUCGAUGAUGCGGUUCUUCGCCGUAUAACUUUCGCGAUAUCAGUCUUUCACGCCUACGGCCACCAAUGGGCAUGUCAAAUUAUAUACCAUCCUCGCAAAUGUGAAGGCUUUGGCCUUUCAGAUGGAGAAGGUUGCGAGCGUUUAUGGAGUGCACUGAAACAUCUCAUUGCUCUGCUAUGCGUUUCUGGGUUUCAUCAGCGACUGUUUGUCCUCAACACUCAAGUCCAGCACCUCGAUGAGAAGAACCUUAGUUUAUAUGGCAACUGGUUGAUCCGGAGGUGGAAUAACUGCAUCAAGAAGAAGAGUACUGCAACGCAGGCUCUACGUGAGCUUUCAGAAUGGCAAUCGCAAGUUGAAUAUCAGACGAAACCCCUGCCUCAUAAGUGCUACCGAAGAUCGAAGACAAAUAAUGACGAGGAAAUCUCAAAAAUUCUCUCCCUUGAGAAAUCUCUUAUUGAGAUUGAUGGAGCGUUGCAACGCAUGGAAACACAACUUUGUAUGGGAAAUGUUGACAAUCUCACUGACUACAACCUUCACACUUUGAGCCGCUGGAAGACAAGACUUGGCAUCAGUCAGCGCACCCGUCUAGAACAAUUACGUCGCAACAUAUAUCUACAAGUCCGUUUAGACGCUCAAGCUCUUAAAACGCGUAUCCGCGAACGACUUCAACAGCGCAAGUUCGAAAUUGAGAAGCUUGAACGCUCUUACAGGCAAGCUGUAAACGAGCGCAAGCUUAUUUCCCAUGUCGAUGCUGCAAUCCAGCGGCGCAAUCCUACAAUACGAAAGCUCGUAUCCACAUAUAAUAACCUAUGUGCUGAUCUUAGUGCUCUUAUCAGACAACACCGCAGUCCUCCGAAUGCUAUACCACCCAACCCCAUCUCUCCUACCGGUAUUUUUGAUCUUGAUAUUGAUGCUGAUAUUUGGGAGGACAUUGGACUUGACGAUGUUGUGCUGGAACCCCCUGAUUGGCUAGCUGAUGAGGUCACACGUGCUGCGAUCAGACUGCUGCUUGAGAUUGACCGAUGCAACGAAGAAGAGUCUCAUGUGAAGGUAGAGCACUGUGCUCUGCAAGAGUGGGCCAUGCGUGAGUGGGAUGGUCUACAGAGGGCGCGUGCACAUGCAAAUGAUGAUGAAGCGAUCCUCUAUCACAUGAAUUGCCGUGCUCGACAAUUCAUUGUCCUUGUACUGGGGUGGCAGACGAAGGUUCGUCCCAUUCCAUGUGCAUGGCCUAUGCCUGACUGCUGGGGGCUGUCUCAAACCGAACUUGCUAAUGGGACACCUGUGGUGUACCCUGAUGACCCUGAUGACGAAGAUCAUGUAUCGGAUGAUGGAGAUGACUGGGAAUCUGAUAUUGGCUGUGGUGAUGAGGAGCUUAUGGAUGUUUUAGAAGAUAUUGCAUUAGCGGAUCAGUAUAGAGGGCAAGAGGAACAUGACAUCGAGGGUGACUAUGUAAUUCAUGAAUCAUUGAUAGAUAGCCCAACAAAAUGUGUUAGAUUUAAUUUGUAG